AUGCGCCCAGAGAGCCGUGUCCCGUUUCCCCCGACGAAUCUCAUGAGAGUUGAGAUACAGUAUGAGCAGUGUUUCUCCAUACCCAAAAACACGCGCACACACUGGGAGCUUGAGAAAGAAGUGGCCCAUCCGUACCGAAUCCCUGGCCCACGUUCAAAUCCCUGUCCUAUCCGCCCAAACGUGAAAUCCACACCAGCCCGUCCAUGGGAUCCAACAGUGCAAAUCCCCUGUUCCGGCGUCGAGAAAACCCAGCCUAAAAGACCAACGCAUAAGAAAGUGGCUAGUGCAGGGCACCCAGAUACGUGGGACAGUCUAUCGGGUAACCAUACAGUGGGCAAACGGGUUAUUACGGAUACCUAUCUCAGUGGCUCAGAGAUAAGUCUGACAGUAAAACCAACUGUGACGAGAGUGAGACAGACAAGACAGCAUGUCAAGGAAAAGAACAAGCAAACAAUCCCAACCGCUAGAAGAAGAAUAGAGACGUAACCUGAAAUGGGCUUUGCCAUGAGCAAGGGGAGAACCAGGCUCCGUCUGCGGGCUCAUGAGACCGCCCGCUCGUUGGGACACCACACACACACAUACGGAUACACACCCCAGAUCGACUCAUAUCUGACACGUGCUGGCAAUGAGGAAGUAAAGGAGCGGUAAAGGGGAGACACAUCUGAU